UUAUGGAUUGUCUCACGAUAGGCUCGUACUCGUAAAGCAAUGAUGACCCUCGUAUGUGUGUUCCGCGAAUUGUUGAUUGAGAACUUUUCAUAGCCGCGAGAGGUUAUCACUUCAGUGGCAGAAUAUUUCGCUGUCACUGAUAAGGGGAUCCUGAAAUGGCAGAUUCGUGGUCCCGCAUGUUGAUUACUUUCGGUUUCAUUUUCUUUUGCCUCCGAGUGGACUUCUGAACAGUCGUCGUUCUCUAGAUCUAGUGGAAAGAUUGAGAUAUAAACAGGUCCUAUUAUCUCGUUAUGGGAAUUUUAUAGAGGGCAUUAUUUCGUGCAAAUUCAAACAAUUCCAAUUGGAUUUACGUGUUACGUAGCUAAGUUACAAUUUGCAUCAAAACAUCAAACAACGGUGGUUCGUGUGUGCGUGUGAGAUAUGUUUGAGAUGUGUGCGGCCCUCGCAAGAACUGGAAUACCGCCUCUCGCUCGCUCCUGCAGUGCUACUCCAACGCCGACUCCGCCGGCCAUGUGCUUGCGAAGGCUUAUCACCAACACCAAUGCUGUCGGCGCGAAAUACUUGGAUACGAUAAUUUCAUCAUCACCAUCGAGGGUCAAGUUCUUACCAAACGGCGCGCCCAAUCGGUCCAGUUUGACGGUUCAACCUCAAGUGACGAGUGUAUUGAGAUCGAUUUGCUCCUCGUCCGGCGUGGGUUUAUCUAGUUCGAUAGCGCAAAAAUCGGUUAAGAUGUCCGGUAACGCCAAACUGCUGCACGAGAAUCUCUGGGAGUCGGACCCGGAGCUGAUGUCGAUGAUAAAGAAUGAAAAAAAGCGCCAAAUCCAGGGGUUGGAGAUGAUUGCUAGCGAGAAUUUCACCUCACUGUCGGUGCUCCAGUGUUUGAGUUCGUGUCUGCACAACAAGUAUUCCGAGGGACUGCCGGGACAGAGAUACUACGGUGGCAACGAGUUCAUCGACGAGAUCGAAAUCCUUGCACAGAAGCGUGCCCUCCAGGCUUACCGGCUUGAUCCGGAGCAGUGGGGCUGCAAUGUGCAGCCCUACUCGGGUUCGCCGGCAAACUUUGCCGUCUACACCGGGCUGAUCGAACCGCACGGUCGCAUCAUGGGUCUAGAUCUGCCCGACGGAGGUCACCUGACGCAUGGAUUUAUGACGGCAACGAAGAAAAUUUCCGCUACCUCGAUCUUCUUCGAGAGCAUGCCCUACAAGGUGGAUCCCUCAACGGGACUGAUCGAUUACGACAAGUUGGAGGAAAGUGCGCGUAAUUUUAAGCCGAAAAUCAUCAUCGCGGGUAUCUCGUGCUACUCGAGGUGUUUGGAUUAUAAGCGUUUCCGCCAGAUUGCCGACGCCAAUGGGGCGUACCUGUUCGCUGACAUGGCACACAUUUCCGGACUUGUUGCAGCUGGGGUCGUUCCCUCGCCCUUCGAGUAUGCCGAUGUGGUGAGCACGACUACUCACAAGUCCCUGCGUGGUCCACGUGCCGGUGUGAUCUUCUAUCGGAAGGGCGUACGCAGUGUAAAACCAAACGGGGACAAGGUGAUGUAUGAUUUAGAGUCGAGGAUCAAUCAAGCGGUGUUUCCGGGACUGCAGGGUGGUCCACACAAUCAUGCGAUCGCUGGCAUUGCGACCUGCAUGCUGCAGGCGCAGACUCCCGAGUUCAAAGAGUACCAGGAGCAGAUCAUUCGUAACGCACGUGCGCUUUGCGAGGGCUUGAUUGGCAAGGGUUACAGUAUUUCGACUGGGGGAACCGAUGUGCACUUGGUGUUGGUGGAUUUACGUCCUGCGGGAAUCACCGGUGCCAGGGCCGAGUACAUUUUGGAGGAAAUUUCCAUUGCUUGCAAUAAAAAUACUGUACCUGGCGAUAAGAGUGCGCUCAAUCCGUCGGGCAUUAGAUUGGGCACGCCAGCACUGACAACGCGAGGACUUGUGGAGGCGGACAUGGCGAAGGUUGUAGAUUUUAUUGACCGGGGUUUGAAACUAUCAAAGGAAAUUACCGCCGUGUCCGGACCCAAGUUGGUGGACUUUAAGAAAACGCUACAUGAGGAUGCGACCCUCAGUGCGAAGGUGCAGGCACUGAAGAGAGAGGUUCAGGAGUACAGCCAGAAAUUCCCCAUGCCGGGAUACGAUGAGUUCUGAAGUAAGUCUAUUAAAUUUCAUUUCUUUGUUCUUGUAGUCUAAUAAGAAUCUCAGCCAUUUAGACCUGUACUGUAUACGUUCAUAGAACUGUGUAAGUUCAGAUAUAAACACAGGUGAAUUGUUCGCCGAAAAAUUCAGUUAAA